GGCUCUACGGUAGAGCUGCCGUGGGUGGUGGAGAGCUACCAAAGUCUUCGAGUCCAGUGGUAUUGGCAGCCAGCCUCGUCAUCCUCAAGUCGCGGUAGAGUUCCACUUAAUCCAUCAGUUUCAACCGAGGAAAAAGCUGUCAUAACCCGGCCCUGGGGUUCACGGAUCGAGUUCGUCCAGGGAGCAUACGGAAAUCUUCGUCUCAUCAAUGUUUCCAUAGACGAUGCCGGUCAGUACUCCUGCGAAGCUGCCUAUCCUGCUAGAUUGCCACCAGUGGUGUAUACCCUUAAGAUUCGUGGUGAGUUGUUUGUACCCAUUUAUAAGUAG